AUGCCAAAGAGCCUACACUCUAUACUGGGCGGCGGGAACCGCGUCAGAAAGCCGUCGCGCCCACCCGCCAGCGCGCGGCCGUCCUCUGCGACCAGCACACCAUCAUCCUCACCGCGCAAGAGGCCUGCUGCCUCCCAACCACGUCAGAAAGCGGACGACGACAACGAACUCUUCCCCGACAGGCUCGAAGACGCUGGUAUUGCCGUCCUCCUCGCCACGGAGCUCACCCUGCGUGAUGUCGUCCAAGCGAUGCGACACAUUCGCGCACACCAGUUCACGGCCGUCCCAGAGACCGGCUUUUCAUCCACGCGACGCACCGCACUGCUUCGGCACCAGGCCACCAUGCCGCCGCUCAUCACUACCGGCCACGUACACGCCAUGCUCGCGCGCGGCGGCCCGACACGCGUCGAGCGCGAGAUCGCAGAGCUGAUCGGCCGGGGUGCCCUGCGUCGCGUGCGCGUGGAACGCCGGGGCGCCGCCGGCGAGGCCCUCAUUGAGACGCCUCUACUUCUCGGGAUGCUGCGCAACAGCAGCAGCGUAUCGGCGGCGACGACCGAGGCCUAUGUGCGUGUCUUGGCGGCGCGCCCGACGGCGCAGACGCUGGAACGAAGCGCGCUGCGCGACGAGCAGGCAGAUGAACUCGUGCGCGCGGGGUUCUUGACGAGUGCCGCAACGAGAGCCGCCGGGCCGGCGACAACGCUGCACCAGCGGCCCGAGGACCGCACAACGCAGAUGUCGAUUCAGCGAGCGUCCGCCGCCGCGUCGGGCUCGCUGGGGGCGGUCGGCGGGCAGAAUGCGCUGCACAUGGCUGGCGGCAGUGGCAGCGGCGGUAUGGGCGGGGAGAAGGAGGACGACUACUACCGCAUCGCGGUGCCCGGACACGGCCGGCAUCUCAAGCUCGCCGGGGCGGCAAUGGACUGGCUGCGCGAGACACUUGGCCGCACGCGCUGGGGCGAGGGGACGGAAGGCUGGCUGCGGGAGCGCUUCGAGGGCGGCGGGCUGUACGGGCCCAGGUGGAAGGAGCUUCAGGGCGCCGAGUGGGCGUGGGUGCUGGGCGAGGCCGUCGGGCUCGGCGUCGUCGAGGUUUUCCAGACAGGGGCGGUUGGUCGCGGCGUGCGCGCCCUGGGAGGUUGA